ACGCUCCCCGGGGGCGCAGGGACCGUGCUCCGCCGCCAGCCCAGCGCCGCUGCCGCCGCAUCCACAGCCCGCGCAGCCGCCGCAGCUUCCAGCGCCCGCGCCACCGCCGCCGCGUCCGCCAGCAGCGCCACCGCCAUGCGGGAGAUCGUGCACCUGCAGGCCGGCCAGUGCGGCAACCAGAUCGGGGCCAAGUUUUGGGAGGUGAUCAGCGACGAACAUGGCAUCGAUCCCACUGGCACCUACCAUGGGGACAGUGACCUGCAGCUGGAAAGAAUCAAUGUGUACUACAACGAGGCCACAGGAGGAAAUUAUGUCCCCAGAGCUGUCCUGGUGGACCUGGAACCCGGCACCAUGGACUCAGUGCGCUCAGGCCCCUUUGGCCAGAUCUUCCGGCCUGACAACUUUGUGUUUGGCCAAUCGGGAGCCGGCAACAACUGGGCCAAGGGCCACUACACAGAGGGCGCCGAGCUGGUGGACGCGGUCCUAGACGUGGUGCGCAAGGAGGCGGAGAGCUGCGACUGCCUGCAGGGCUUCCAGCUGACCCACUCUCUGGGCGGUGGCACCGGCUCGGGCAUGGGCACCCUGCUCAUCAGCAAGAUCCGCGAGGAGUUCCCAGACAGGAUCAUGAACACCUUCAGCGUGGUGCCCUCGCCCAAGGUGUCCGAUACGGUGGUGGAGCCCUACAACGCCACCCUGUCCGUGCACCAGCUGGUGGAGAACACGGAUGAGACCUACUGCAUUGACAACGAGGCCCUCUAUGACAUCUGCUUCCGCACCCUCAAGCUGACCACGCCGACCUACGGGGACCUCAACCACCUGGUGUCGGCCACCAUGAGUGGGGUCACCACCUGCCUGCGCUUUCCCGGCCAGCUCAACGCAGACCUGCGCAAGCUGGCCGUGAACAUGGUGCCCUUCCCGCGCCUGCACUUCUUCAUGCCCGGCUUCGCGCCGCUGACCAGCCGGGGCAGCCAGCAGUACCGCGCCCUGACGGUGCCCGAGCUCACCCAGCAGAUGUUCGACGCCAAGAACAUGAUGGCCGCCUGCGACCCGCGCCACGGCCGCUACCUGACGGUGGCCGCGGUGUUCCGGGGCCGCAUGUCCAUGAAGGAGGUGGACGAACAGAUGUUGAGUGUGCAAAGCAAGAACAGCAGCUACUUCGUGGAGUGGAUCCCCAACAACGUCAAGACGGCCGUGUGCGACAUCCCGCCCCGCGGCCUGAAGAUGGCGGCCACCUUCAUCGGCAACAGCACGGCCAUCCAGGAGCUGUUCAAGCGCAUCUCCGAGCAGUUCACGGCCAUGUUCCGCCGCAAGGCCUUCCUGCACUGGUACACGGGCGAGGGCAUGGACGAGAUGGAGUUCACCGAGGCCGAGAGCAACAUGAACGACCUGGUGUCCGAGUACCAGCAGUACCAGGAUGCCACCGCCGAGGAGGGCGAGUUCGAGGAGGAGGCCGAGGAGGAGGUGGCCUAGGGCCCCUGCCUUCCUUUCCUGUCUGCCCCACCAUGGGGCAUCUGACCUUUGACCCCCUAGAGCCCCUCUCUGAGCCCUAGACCCCCACUUCCUCCCUGCCGCUCAGCCUGACUCAGCUCUGACCCUGCAAUUUCAUGAAUGUCACUUUGCCCUGACCCUGGCAACACCUUUGGAGCCCAUUUCACCUCUGACCUGCCUCACCUUUGACCUUUGAGCCCCACUUUAUCUUUGACCCCCCCUUGAGCUCUGCCAAUUUUGACACCCCCAGGACCCCCACUUCACUCCUGAUCCCAUAAACCCUGCCUUGACCUCUUCACCUUUGACCCCCCCAUGAAUCCCAUUUCACCUCUAGACCUAUGAGCUUUGGUUUCAUUUAGAUGCCUCCCUCUGAGCCUCAGAUUCCCCUCACCUUUGACCCUGAGCCCCAGCUUCCCUCUGGCCCCAUAAACCCUGCAUUUAACUCCACAAGUCUUCCUUCACUUUUGACCUCUUCUUCACCUUUGACCUCCCCCAUGAACCCCAUUUUGAACCCUCCCUCUGAACCUCUCUGAACCUCUGACCUUGCCUCACCUUUGACCCCCCAGGCCCUAGUUCCCCUCCGGCCCCCCAUAGUCCCCAGGUCCUACCUCACCUCAUCCCCCUCAGCUCCUGCCCCCUUUGGCUUACCUGGGGUGGUGGGACACCACUGGCACCUGUGAGGAAGAGAGGCUGUCCCCACUGCCCUCCCCACCCUCCUUUUCCCUCCUUUACCCUGGAUAA